AUGCAAGGCCGUGCUGCCAGCGGCGCUAUUUUGCCGCGGGCGCUGCUCGAGGCCCAGCUGGGGCAGAUUGACCUCCUCAUGGCCAUGUACCCUAUAGAAGGCAGUGUGGUUGUGGCCGACUCCUCGACACCCGCCCUGAAGUGCUUGCGUGAGGCUUUGGCUGAGGAUUCCAUGUCAGAUGUCCCGUCUAGCCUAGGCGACAUUGACUUGGUUUUGGAGUUGGACAUUCCGCCACAAGACAACCAAGCUUCCCGUAGGACGGCGCAGCUCAGCAUCACCAUCCCGUUGCGGCAUCCGCAAGACGAAGACACCACAGAAGAUGCACCGCCCGCGCGAAUACGGCUCCAGCAGCCGUCGUGGAUGAGCAAAGCAGAGGCGAGCAACCUCAUGGCCGAGCUGCCUGUCGACGACGACCUCUUUGCUUCCAUUGAAAACGUGACAGCAGCCGUGUCCUCGCACCUUUCACAAACGCAGAUACACGAAGAAAAAGCCAGCGCCGCCUCGGCGGCGGCCCCGGCAACGACAGAAGAGGCCCUGACGCGCGUGUGGUUCUACUUCCCGUCCAUCAGCACGCGGUCGAAGCGCGACGACCUGGUGCAGCACGCGCCGUCGUACGGGCUCACGGGCUUCCUGCUGGCGGGCAAGCCGGGCCUGCUGUGCGUCGAGGGCGGCGCGCGGGCCGUCGACGACUACAUGCGCUUCAUCAAGACGGAGAGCUGGGGCGACAUCCCCGCGCACCACAAAAAGGUCAGCGAGCGGUACCGGCAGCCGGGCCUCGAGGCCCGGGCCUUUGCCGGCAUGCAUGAGAUCACGGGCACGCUGGAGCGCCGCGGCGAGAGGGCCAACAGGAACGACAUGAGGGCCCUCGAGGCCUGGCUCGCCGAGAGGGGUCUGGGGGAUGCCUUGGUCAAGGUGCUCAUCUGA